GUUCGGUAGCCGGGUAAGGUAAACGUGCCAAAAAAGUGUGAUCGAGCAGUUCGAACGGGAAACCGAUUGGUGUUGAAAGUUUAACUUGUGAUUUGUGAAUUCAUGUGGAACAUAAUAAUAUGUGCAUAACUACCAACAUUUCAAUGACCUAAUAAAAUAUCACUUACCAAUCGAUGUUUUAAAGUUUGAUCCAAACGCUGCUACCCGUAAUGCAUAAAACACUGUGGAAACUUGAUGAAUAAUAGAAAAAAGUUAAACACAAGAAACGUGUGUGCUCUUAGCGGCAGUGUACAGUGAGUUGCUGAUUGUGGAAGAAUUGAUGCCUCUGUCGUUAUCGUGAUACAAAACAAGCUGCAAAACAUGAAGUUUGAUGAGUUGAAUUUUAAAAAGAUUGCCAUUAUCUGUGCCUGUACGCUGGUAGGAGGAUUGACGUUCAGUUACGGAAUUUUUCCACCUCUGUUGAAAUUUAUGCUGAAACAGAAUGUUGUGCUCAAACCGGGCACUCAAAUGCGAGGAAUGUACGAAAAGAUUCCGUUUCCACUGGACUUCAAAAUUCACCUCUUCAAUGUUACAAACCCGGACGAAAUUAUGCGAGGUGGUAAACCCCGAGUGAAAGACGUUGGUCCGUUCUAUUUCGAGGAGUGGAAGGAAAAGUACGACACGGUAGAUGAUGUGGAAGAGGACACACUCACCUACACUCUGAAGAACACGUUCAUCUUUCGACCGGAUCUAUCGGCGCCAUACACCGGUGAGGAGAUAAUCAUUUUACCGGAUCUGCUACUACUGGGUGCCCUUCUGAUGGUUCAAAAAGAUCGCGAGGCUAUGAUGCCGCUGGUUUCCAAAGGAGCUGCCAUUGUUUUCGCUCCGAUGACCGGAUUCAGACCAUUCCGAGUUAUGGACUUUCUGUUCGACGGGUAUCCGGUAGAUUGUAGCAGCCAGGACUUUUCCUCUAAGGCGCUCUGUUCGGGGCUGGAGUCGGAGGGGAUGAUGCAACCGUUGAAUGAUACCCAUUUCAAGUUUUCGAUGUUUGGAUUGCGAAAUGGAACGGAUGCUGGCCGGUGGGUCGUUUAUCGAGGUGCGAAGAACAUCAAGGACUUGGGACGAAUUGUUAGUUUCAAUGAUGAAACCGAAAUGGAUGUUUACGAUGGCGAUUCGUGCAAUCAGUACAUCGGGACGGAUUCUACCAUUUUCCCGCCAUUUUUGACGAAGAAUGAUAAACUCUGGGCUUGGUCGCCGGACAUCUGUCGUUCGUUGGGAGCGCACUACGUGGGCAAAUCCAAGUUUGCCGGGAUGCCGAUGAGUUUGUUUAAGCUGGAUUUUGGGGAUUUAAAGAACGAACCGGAAAACCACUGUUUCUGUCGGGACCCUCCGGAUGAUUGUCCACCGAAAGGAACCAUGGAUUUGGGGCCCUGUCUGGGGGCACCCUUACUCGGAUCAAAGCCGCACUUCAUCGAUGCAGAUCCGAAGCUACGUGAGGAUGUUGACGGGUUGGAGCCGAAUGAUAAGGAACAUAAUGUUUACAUUCAGUUCGAAUUGAUGUCCGGAACACCGGUUUCUGGUACCAAACGGUUGCAGUUUAAUCUUCAGUUGGAACCGAUCAGGGACCACGAAGUCUUCGGGCAACUGCCUACCGUAGCAUUACCUCUUAUUUGGGUGGAAGAAGGCGUAACGCUGAAUAAAACAUGGACCAACCAGUUGAAAUAUCAAUUGUUCCUUGGUCUCAAAUUCAAUGCCACUGUCAAAUGGUUGACCAUCAUCAUUGGAACGUUCGGUGCCAUCGGAGCCGGUUUUAUGCACUUUAAAUUGUCCUCAAAAACGGUAAACGUUACCCCGGUGACGGUCGAAAGUAGCAACGGAACAGCGAAAGACGAGCGAAAUUCGAACAAUAAUAAAGAUCUGGUUAGCUUGAAUAAUAGUCGAAAUCUGCCACCGGUAAUCGAUCGGAUGGACAAGCCACCGAAGGUGAUAGCAGCCGAGAUGCAGCCGGAAAAAUAUUAACCUUUCACGCAGUACCAGGGAGAUAUCAAUAUUCUGGGGUCCUAACUGAACGAGCGAGAACCAGGUAUCAACUACAAGCAGAAUACGUUUAAAAUUAUUUUUCAGACAAGGCAAAUAUUACAAAAGGCACCUAACAUAAAACAACAUGGUUUAAAAUGUUGCUGCAAGUUUUUAGCUGUAACCCUUUCAAUUCAAGAAUACUUCACAUCAAUGCCAUCACAUAUGAAUUAGAGCAAGUACAGUUUUUAAAUAUAUAAAGUAAAUUGAACGUAGUAAUAUUCGUUGAUUUACUAUCAUUGCG